AUGCUGCCGCGGGGGGGGCUCAUUGCGGCGAUUCAUGGCAGAAGGAGGAGGCAGAACGAAGAAGAGGAUUUCUCUUCUCUGCUCGAACCUCCGCAUGUCUACAAGGACAGGAUGGAAGCCGUCGAAGUUGUCCUCGAAGACCUGGAGUCAAGUUCGAUCUUCGGGCCCUCUUCGGGAAAGCCAGAUCAAUCUCACCACGUUGCAGUUGAUGGCCUUCUGGAGAAAGUUCAAGACAAACUACAUAGAUCUCAUGCUUACUUCAAGUUAUCUGCAACUGCACUCUUUUUCAUCUUGUUCGCCAUACUUCUCUUCACGCAGCGCAAUGUUACAGACUCAUUCGCCAUGGAGAGUUCGAUCAUCAACCUGAUCAUUGGGCAGCUCCCAACGCUCGGCACAGGGGGAUACACCAAUUCAAAUGUAGGAGCAGCAGGAAUGUUGACAAGCUCAGAUGAUUUCUACAAGUGGUUGUCAACAGCUGUCAUAUCCAAUGUCUUCACUGACCCCGUCUGUGGCGACGGCACAUGCGAUGCGCCGGAUGAGUAUCCGGGAUUCGGCAGGUUUGGUUGCGCUGCAGACUGCGGCAACUACCUUCAAGUAACCACCCUUACCAUCGACCUCGAGGAUGUGAUCGGUACCAGCGCGACGUCCCUUGGCUGGAAUGUGAAGAGCAUCAACAGCAUUGCCAACUCUGCACAGGCUGGGUUCAAGUUCAACAUCUACAGCGAGACAAUGGGAGACUUCUUGUUUGCUGAUGAUCAGUCCCCGACAACAUCGGCGUCAAUAUCUGUAGAUGUCCCUGACGGCAAUCUGACCCUUGUCUUCUACCAAACCAGCCAAACGAGCUCACUCGUCGACCUCACGACCAUACAGAACUUCUAUCCCUUCGAUCCCAAUACUGUUCCUACGCGGAGCUCCCUCAGUGAUUAUGAAUAUGGCGAUGAGAGAGAGUAUCUUACUUCAUCCUUCCUGAUCUCACAAGGAAUUACAAACUACUGUUCUACCCAGCAAGGCGCAUCAGAUCCCCACUGUCAGAGCCUGUAUUCGUUCGACACGUUUCUUCGGGUUCUGUCAAGUUAUGGACUGAAUGGCACCAUCACUAUGAAACCGAGCAGUUCACAGCUCACCGAGAACUUGGUUCAGGUUGGGUUUUGCUCUGUGUUGCCGAAUACAACUGGGGGAGCGUACUCUUCUCAGAACAAGUUGUUCUUUCAGAAGGCUCAAGGAAACUUACCUGCGUGGAACUACAAGAUCAGGAGGUCAACUUCAUUCGAUCCAAACUACCACGUCAUCGAACUCCGGACCCGGUCAGACCGCAUCUCAAGGUCAGACCACGGCGACAGCAAACUCCUCCCAAUCGGAAACUCGCGGACGGUAUGCCAGCAGACGGCGACACAAGCUCAGAACACGAUUUAUUUGAGCACGACGUCAACAAGUCCAUUGACCUUCGACAAACAAGCAUGCUUGACUCUGAAGAAUCUCGCUACUGGUAGUAGUCAAAAUGGCGUCAUUUUGUCAACCCAGGCGAUAGGGUUUCCUCCUGAUCCAUCGUCCAAUUGCCUUGAGUUUCCUUCUGUCUUGAGCGGUCCUUCCGGUCCGCCUGGGUCUGCUCAGGGAUCGGGCCCGGCAGCACCAACAACUUCAACUCAAUCUAGCACUUCCACGACAUCAGUUCAGUUCUAUCAUUUCACCUACCCAGUGCCGUCAGGAUCAACUGUUCAUGCUGUCUACAGUCUUGGCAGCAAGGAUUCGUUGUGCAUGAGUUUCACCGAGAGUGACUGUGUUUUACCUCAACCGAUUAUCUCUCAGGUGUUCACUCUCCCUGUACAAAUCUUGAACUACAACCUUGGACCCAAUUCCAACGGAGUGACGUAUGCGAAGUUGAACAUCACCUCAGGAUCAAACGACUACGCAUACUCCUACUCCAAGGACUCACUGUCAUGUUCUAACGCUUCCGCAGCAUCGACCGUGUUAGAGAUCUACAAUUUCUCCACGACUGUUAUGCGCGCCUCUCCCGUUACGCUCUAUGCCGUCGCAUGUAAGGGUGGUAACAUCAUGAGCGAUAUCUCGCAGAAGACCUUCACUGUGUAUCCCGCCCCAUCCUUCUACGUCGAGGUCCAGAUCGAUGAAUGGAGCUUGUCGAGUUUCAACGAGACAUACCAGCAGCACUUGCUACAGUCAUUGCAGAACUUCGUGCCGAACCCAGCCAAACUGAAAAUCGGAUUGUCCGUAACAGCCACCGAGUUGACGUACAACUACACCAACGCUACUGGGUAUUCGAUCAAGGUCUCUGUCUUGGCAGGGUCUAACUACGAUCUUGUGGACGCGUACAACACCAUCUUGUCAAAGAACGCUUCCGUCUUAGCCUCAUUCGAGAAGCUUGCUGGCAUCGGCAAGCUCUCCAUGUCGUUGAAGCUGUCAUCGAUCACUUCCGAGCUCUCGGAAACGAGGAACUAUCAGACGUGCACGACUCACUAUGACUGUCAGAGUGGCUCUUACUGCGCCAAGAAAAGCACCUCCAAGACAUUUCAGUGCAUGCCUUGCACGUCCUGCGUCAUCGGGACCAGAGACUCUUACGACAACCUCUGCCCGCAAGACAAGUGCCCCGGGUAUGGAGGGUAUCCUUCCUGCGUCAACGCAGCCACCUUCCUUGAGAGCCUUCCUCUGACCUGUACCGAUCACCACGACUUCUCAGUCUGGGAGUACUUCAGCGCGAGCCAGGGUAGCCCACAGGUCAUCCCAUCCUUCACCCCCAAGGUGAGGGAGCUGACGCCCUACAACCGACUGGUCGGGGCGGUCAUGGUCACUCAGAAGCGACUGAAGCAGAACUCUUGCCUCGAUAACAUCCGAGACGGCCAGGUCAAGAGCUUCACCUCGUCGGCUGGCUCAGGGAUCAGCUGCCCGAUCCUCAACGAGUAUGACUCGGAGCCGUUCGGCUACGACCCAACGUUCAUGACCUUCAGCUCCAUCUAUGACGGCAAGCUCCGGCCCGAGACCUUCUACGGCUACGGCGAGCGGUACAACUCCACCGACGCCAGCGGCAACGUGGUGUAUGGCUUUCCCAAGGGCUUUUUCCCUCAGAAAUACAACCAGAACGCGCUGGACACCAACAUGAACGGGAUGUUGAGCACAGAGGAGCUUGCGGCGGGGGGGUCUCGAUCUUUCUUCAGGAAGCCCUCUGAGUACAUCGAUGCGAACUCUCAGGACUUUUUCAAGCUCUACUUCGAUGAGAGGCUCACGCAGAAGCAGGCCCUCAAGAUGGUCACUUUUGCCAAGGAUGGCAAGUUCAUCGACUCUCAGACCAAGGAGAUCUCCGUUGAGAUUGUGACCUUCAAUGCUGUCAAGAACAUCUUCAUGUACUCCGAGUUCACCUUCAACUGGGAAUCAGGAGGGAACAUCCCGUGGAACUACAAGAUCAACACCAUCUCCAUCGACAGGAUCCUCUACCCCACACGCGUGCAGAUCGUCCUGAUGGUGAUCGUCGUCCUCUUCCUCUCGAUCAACUGCCUCAUCGAGCUGCGAGACCUCUUCCUGCAUGUCAAGCGCUUUGCGCUCUACGAGUACCUCUCCGAUCCCUUCAACUGGGUCGACCUCUUCCACUUCUUCUUCAUGUGGGGCUCAGUGAUUUCGUGGCUCAUGUACAGGGAUUCCGCUUUCACCUUCAAGCUCCACACUAACUACCCGAUCCUCUUCUAUGGCCCUGAGUACGGCAACUCCACCUCCUCGAGGAGGUCGACUUCCGCACUUCGGAGGUCUGCCGCAACUGCGCCAACUCCCUUCCAAGUUCCCAUCAGCGUGACCAACUUUGCCAUGGCGCGCAUGUUCCGCACCAACAACGCUGCCGAGUAUGACUUCCUGCAGCUGACCAACGCGAUGAGGGAGAUCACCGGCUGGAUGGAGACUUUCUCCUUCUUCUCGGGCGUGUCGGUCGUUCUCUUUGUGUUCAGAAUGCUCAAGUCCCUCGACUUCCAGGAGAGGAUGGGGAUGGUGACGAGGACGAUCGCAAAGGCCGCCAGUGACUUGUGGCACUUUGUCCUCCUCUUCAUCAUCGUGUUCUUGGGAUACGCCAUUGUCGGUGUGCUGCUGUUUGGGCACCAAUACGAGGGCAUGCAAGAUCUUUCUCACUGUUGUAUCACGCUGACCAUCGUGCUGUUGAGUUUAGACGCAACUCAGUUCUAUGCUUCGAUGUCCCAUGCGGCUACUCCGCUCGCCUUCUACAUCUUCCUGUGGUCCUACAUGUUCAUCGUCUUCUUCAUCCUCUUCAACAUCUUCCUUGCCAUCCUCGUCGAUGCGUACGCUACGGUCAAGCAGGCGACGGAGGGAGCGACGGGUCUUGUCGAGGAGAUAGCGGAUGUGGUGUGGCAUGCGGUGAGGAAAGUCCUGCCCCUGGGGUCACGCUUCAUGUCGGACGAAGAGUUCCACAAGCUGCUGAAGGAGGAGAAGGCCAAGAUCGGCAAGACGUCCAAGGUCCAGUCAGAGAUCAAUCGCAAGCUCGAGGACAAGAAGGAGAUUCUCCUGCACGGCGGGGUGAGACUCGACAUCAACGGCCUUCAGAGACUCCUCGACACCAAGUCGUCCAAGGGCUCCAAGCAAGUGACCCCGGAGACUGAGGACGGGCAGCACGACAGGACUGCCGGGAUGGUGGACGGCUACGGCAACGACAUGGUGCUCGAUGUGAUGGAGAGGUACGGGAGCAACGUGCUGGAGCAGAGAGAUAGGAGGAACCAAGAGUUCAAGGAGGUCGUCGGCAUCGAGAAUAUGAGGCGUCUGCUGGUGAUGAACAUGCUUCAGAUCGGGGUUCUGGACGAGCAGAAGCGCAUGGCGCAAGUUCUUGAGUCCCUGGCGGUGAAGUCGCUCGGGCAGCUGCCGGCGGUGGAGAAGAGCAUGAUGAAGCGGCUGGAGGAGUUCCUGAGGAAGGUAGGGGUGAUCAACCUGACCAUCAUUGGAGCCUCCGACCUCCCCCGGAUGGAUCUGAUCAGGAGCUGCGACCCCUACUGUGUCACCUACGUCGAUGGGUCCGGGGAGCCGGAGACGUACGUCACGGAGACGUUCUCCAAGGAGCCGAACCCCAAGUGGAACCAAGAGUUCUCAUGGGACAUGUACAGCGAUACAAACUUCCUCACCAUCUCCGUCUGGGACCGAGACAACAUCACCAAGGACGACUUGAUCGGCACUGCCAUCAUCGAUCUCAAGGAGCUGGAUGCUUCCAAGAGCGGGACUGAGAUGUCACUCAGCCUCGUCAACGCCCGGAAGGCCAAGAAGAUCAGAAACUCUAAGCUCCAAGUCAGGAUCUCCAUAGAGCGGCACGAUGCAGCCUCGUCGCAUGCGGUUCACGCUAACGGCUCCAACGGCAACGGCGCGCCUGCUGUGGAUGAUCUCCACGUGAUGGAAGCUGAGUGA